AUGGUUACUCCAUCUACUUCUCAAGUUUCUAAAACUGAAACUGGGAAGGAUCUCUUAUCAGCUACAUUAUCAUCUACAACAACUCCUACCGUACCGGCCACCACUACCACUAACUGGGCUUCAGUUUUACAGUCUUCAGCUCCAAUUGUAAAUAAAAAGAUUGUAAAACAUAUCAGAAAUAAAUCAUCUAUAAGUAGUUCAACUUCAUCAUCAUUAUUACCAUCGAAUCCAUCAACUCCAAUUCAACCAAGUAAAAGUUCAUCAUUAAAUAUCCCUAAUAAUUUCAAUAUCAAUAAUGAAUCAUCUCAACCUUUGGGUGUUUUAUUAUUAAGGGUUAUGUAUGAUACUAAUUAUUCCCUUUUUUCUGAUAGAUUAUCAUUAUUUAAUAUUACAACUAAAGGAUUAACUAAUACCGGUAAUAUUUGUUAUAUGAAUUCAAUUUUACAAAUUUUAAUAUAUUGUGAACCAUUUAAUAGAUUAUUUAAAUUAAUUGAAGAUAAAUCAAUUGGAAAUUUAAGUAAAACUUCUCCAACUCCAUUAUUAGAUGCUACUAUUAAAUUUAUUAAUGAAUUUGUUGAUUUACCAUCAAGUCAAAAUGAUGUUAAAAAGAGUGAUGAAAGUCCAAAAGCUAUAUCACCGGAAACUUUUUAUAUGAAUUUAAUUAAUCAUAAGAAAUUUUCUCAUUUGAAAUGGGGUCAACAAGAAGAUGCUGAAGAAUUUUUAGGAUAUUAUUUAGAUGGUUUAAAUGAAGAAUUUGUUGAUGCCAUUAAAAAAUUAAAUACUCCAAAUAUUGAUUCAUUAAUUCAAAAUUUUUCAAAUAAUUGUGAUGAUGUGGAAAAAGUUUCUCAAUUUAAAUAUAAUGUUAAAACUACAGUUAAUUUAAUUAAAAAUGAAAAGAAAUCAAAAUCAAAUGGAAACAAUGAUGAUGAUGGAUGGAAUGAAGUUGGAUCAAAUAAUAAAUCCAUCAGUAUUAAUAAAGCGGUUGAAGUUGAACCUUCACCGAUUAAUUUAAUAUUUGGAGGACAAUUUAAAUCAGUUUUAACCAUUCCAAAAUCACCAAAUUCAAAUCAAUUCAAAAAAUCUAUUACGUUUGAUCCAUUCCAAAAUCUUCAAUUAGAUAUUAGUGAAGCUAAUUCUAUUGAAGAUGCAUUUAAUCAUUUAAAUGAUAUUGAAAAGAUAAGUUUUAAAGCUUCUAAACAAGAUAAAGAAAUUCAAAUCAAAAAACAAACAUUUAUUGAUAAAUUACCUCAAGUAUUAAUCAUUCAUCUUAAACGAUUUUCGUUUUUAAAAGAGAAAGAUGUUGGUAUUGAAAAAUUAAGAAAAAGAGUUGAUUAUAAUCAUGAUUUAAAUAUUCCAACUAAUAUCUUAUCUAAUAAAGGGUUAAGUGAAGAAAUGGGAAAUAUUUAUAGAUUGAUUGGGGUGGUAUAUCAUCAUGGUAGUAGUGCUGAAGGUGGUCAUUAUACUUGUGAUGUGUUAAAGAAAUCCAAUACUAUAACCAAUAAAGUUGAAUGGGUUAGAAUCGAUGAUACCUUAAUCAAAACUAUAAGUGAAGAUGAAGUAUUGGGAGGACCUGAAGAAAAUAUUAAGAAUGCUUAUAUUUUAUUAUAUGAAAGAAAGUAG